UUGCAUGAUAUUUUUUAUGGCUGCAUUCAUUUUCCCUUUGCGCAAGUUUAUUGAUUAAUACAUAGUUUGCUUAACGUAAGUAUAUGCGUUUGGAUAUCACGGUAUAUAUGUACAACUGCAAUUUUUUGUGAGAGGUUAAAGCUAGCCAAACUGGUGUAGCAUGAGGUGUCGGGUUAGCUGAACAUUAAAACUUAGAAAAUCUGAAGGCCAUCUGAGUUAACAUAUUUAGCUGUGGUGUCGUUUUCUUGACGGUCUUGGCUUUAAUAUGGCAUAAUGUAUCGAGGGGGUAGAGUGCCUGUGCUGGACCCGGGGCUUGAGCUCCUGCUUGUCGAUGGACAGGUGCUAAAAUCAGAAAAGCUAUGAGAGGCCGGUGGUAUGUUGCUGCUGGAAGAAUAGCUGGAGGGUUCCUAGAGAAAAAACACACCGGGCCGCCACACCAAGUCCUGCGCUAAACCCGGAGCUUUUAAUCGGCAGGAGUAGUUUAUUUAUUUAUCAUUUUCUAAGUUUUGGGCUAAAUUAAAAAAAAAGUUUUAACUUUAGCUUGUUAGCGGAGCUGGCAACAGGGUCGCAUACCCUCCCGCCAUCACCUGCUGCCAUGGGUAAUAAAGGUCUGAAAUGCUGGUGAGUUUUUAUAACUUUACUCAAUGCUGCAGCUCUCCAUGCAUAUAAAAAAAUAACGUCACUGUCAUGUUUAUACCUUCAAGUGAUGUUAUAUUGUCAAACUCUUUAUUUAUGGGUGUUGGUGCUGUUAGUCGUCAUGACGACAUUCCUGACCUCGCGCCAUUACCCAUAAUUCGUAGCGGAAUCCAGUAGUUUACUUCCGCUUGCACUGUUGUUUACAUUGCAGGGUUACACACUUGCUGUUCAUUUAAACAUUUUUACAAUGCAGUUUCUUUUACAUGGCGUAAUGGCAUUGCAAGGAUGUUUUUAAAAAGCAGCGAGGACAAUUCAGUAACAGUACCUCACUUGUACGCCUUGAAUCUUGCACCUGUUUAAGUGGGGACUGGUUGGCAUGACUUGUGCAUAUGAGAAUCAAAGAAGCAUUUCCGCAGUCGAUUUCAUUACAUCAUGUUGGUGAAGGUGAGAUUUGGAGAAACGCAGAAGUAUGUCAAAGUAGCUGAGACUGAAGAUGGUUAUGAUGACUUCAGCACAUUUCUUCAGAAAGUCAUUGUGAAGCUAGGUCUUGCUCUUGAGACUGAGCUACACUUGACAGAUGAAUCAGGGACAGAAGUUGAUGCAGAUGUGUUUGAGGAUCUUUUGCAAGCAGGGAACCUUACUGUUAGGGUGACAACUGAGAAGUCAACAGUUGUGCUUCAACAUGAUUUAUCAUCUACUUCGCUGGAGUCAACCAUGUCAGACAAUUCAUCUGUGUCAGUUUCUGGAGACUCCUUGCUAGCAUCUUCUGACUCAUCUGAUGCCACAGUGAUUGUUCACACAAACGGAGGGACGAGAACACAUGCUGAACGGGAAGCAGCAAAAGAGAUGGUGAGAAAUGCUCUCCAGGUUAAACCAGGUGGACAGGUUAUUUUGGAUGAAUACGAUAAACUGCGAUCACUGACGGAUGGCACAAGAAGACGUUUGGUAAACCUCCUUGUGGCCAACAUGGUUGAAAUUCAUGGGAUGAUCCCACCAGUCUCUGUGAGAACUAAAUAUGCUUUGGGCAUCAUCUCUCUAUUUCCCAGCCUCAAAGAUCCAUAUUCAGACAAUGGAUAUGAACACUUCUAUGACCAACAGAGUGGAUCUGGCUACUUGGCUUGGAGAAUAAAAACUGUUCAGCGCAACUCGGCAGCUCAGUCCCGGAGAUCCUCCACCAGCACAGCCUAUCAAGAUAGUCCAAAGAGAAAGAGAGAGGUUUCCUGCACCGAUAAGCAGCUGCUUGGUGAGGAGUGUCGUGAAGCGAUAUCCUUUUUGAAAUAUUCAACUGAUGAAUCGGCAGUCAAAGAGAAGAUGAGGGCCACAUUUCAGUAUCGUCAAACACUGGUUCAAGAUCAACAGUGCUCUUCAACAGUCUUGGAUGUCUUCCCACGAUUCCUUAACAUCACUGGCUUGAUUGACCAGGACUUCACCAUGAUGUUUGGAGAGGAGGUGUCGGGCAGAUUUUUGGCAAAAUGGCCUACUUUUUUCAAACCUAGGAUCCUGACAGAGUGCAGAAAACUGACUUCUAAUGAGCACAUUGAAGAGCUCUUGUAUUCGCAGCACGACACAGGCUGGGACAGUGACCUGUCAAGCAUUCUACUGUUGCUUCACUUGCUUCCACCUACCUCCAAAGGCCACAAGAAGAGUGCCAAAAUCAGCUCAUGUCAAGCUGUGGACCAUGUUGUGAGAUAUCUGCAGAUGGGAGCCAGUGUCGAAACCUUCCUUGCUGGUGUGGAACCGGGACAGCCCUUCCUCCUGUGUGUUGGUGAAAACAAGAGCAGCAUCCAAAGAUACUACAUCAUCAUUGAUCACAAGGCCGUCCCUUGCAAGGCACAGACCUCCUUGGCAGCUUUCGAUGAGCUCUUCAAGGCACACUUCAUCUUCAGCGUCAACUACCAUGAAUCCCUCUAUAACUUCUAUACGUUCAUCCAAACCACAGUUUUUAACAUUGAUGUGGGACAUGCCAAGGAAAGUCCCAGAGUCAGGGAACUAAGAGCAAGAUUUUUGCACGACACUUGAGGUGAUAAAUAUCCUUGGAUGCAAAUAUGUUUCUUUGUUAUGUCUGUAAAGCACACCACAAAAGUUCUGCAUUGCUUUGUCAGCAUUUAAGACUCCACCAUGGUCUAUAUCCUGGAAAGACGUUACGUUUAAAAUGUGGACAGUUGGGAUGUUGUUUAUCGUUUUGCACAUAUUCAGGUUUUAAAAAGCAUCUUGUUCAUUUCCAUAGAGAUGCUGCUUUGACUUAUACUGCUGACAAUGUGGACACUCUGAAUGAAGUUGGUGAGCCCUCAACUUCACAGGCAGUCAGUACAAACUCUCCUGUAACUACUCAGCCCUCUACUGACAACAAUCAUAUGUUAAAUAUGUGUUCCUCUGUUGUUGCACAGUUGCAAGCAUGUGGUGUUGCUGAGAGCACAGUCCAAGCAAUGGUGGGUUCUAUGGAGGAACUUGUUAAUGACAUUCAUAGGGAUGUAAGAGAGGCAGUUCUUGGCUGCACUUCAGAAAUUCAAGGCACAGAUUUGGAAAAGAAAAUUGAAAAAUGUUUUGAUCGACUAAAAAAUCCCUUUUCAACCUUAAAUACUCGAGUCAAAAGACAGAAGUUCUUUGAGGAAAAGUGGGAAAUUGUUGAACCUGUUGAGUAUGUUCUUGGGGUGCGGUUUGAUGUUCGCAGAGAUCAAACAACAGGACUUUACAGUCAGGUCCCUGUAACAGAUAAAUUUGUGUAUACGCCCAUUCUAGGAACUCUUAAGUCUAUGUUCAGGAAUGCUGAAUUAUGUGAAAGUUUUUUGAAAGCCAAUCUUCACGAAGAAGGCAUUUAUAAAGACAUAUGUGAUGGUUCAUACUUCAAAAGUAACAUUUUGUUUUCCCAGAAAAAACAUGUUCUACAGAUUCAACUCUAUUUUGAUGAGUUUGAGACAGCAAACCCUUUAGGUUCAAAGAAAGGAAUUCACAAACUUGGUUGUAUUUACUUUAUUUUGAGAAACCUUCCCCCAAAAUAUAAUUCUGUGUUGAUGAAUAUACAUGUUGUGACUCUUUUUCACUCACAAGACCUGAAAACUUAUGGCUUUGAUGACAUCCUAAAGCCUCUUGUUGAUGAUCUUAAAAUUCUUGAAACUCAAGGAAUUGAGGUGCCUUUCUCAGACUCACCAUUGCUUGGUUCUGUUAUACAAGUAACAGGUGACAACCUUGGUUUACACGGACUGUUUGGUUUUGUUGAGUCCUUCAGUGCUACGUAUUUCUGUAGAUUUUGUUUGACAAGUAAGGAUGAGUCACAGUCUGUCUUUACUGAAGAUGACCCUGGUAUGAUUUUUCGUACAAAACAAAUCCAUGUAGAACAUUGUGCAGCUCUACAAGAAAAUCCUAUGUUGGAUUCAACAUUUGGUGUCAAAAAGACAUGCUUACUCAAUACAUUGCAUUUUUUCCACACCUCUGACAACUAUGCAGUUGACAUAAUGCACGAUUUACUUGAAGGUGUAGUACAGUACGAACUCAAACUUGUCUUUCAGUACCUUGUCAACCAGAAGUAUCUUUCUUUGGAAUCGUUGUCACAGAGGAUUCAAAGUUUCAACUAUGGUUAUAUUGAGAGAAAAAAUAGGCCAAGUGGGUUGAAAAUGGAUGAGGUUAGCAAGGAUCUUGGACUAAAUGCAAUUCAGUCUUGGUGUCUUGUGAGAAAUGCUCCUCUUAUUUUUGGUGAUGUAUUGGAAAGAAAUAACUGUUACUGGAAUCUGCUGCUCCUCUUGAUACAGAUUGUGAAUAUUGUGUUUUCACCCAUUGUAACUAAUGGUAUGACUUACUAUUUGAAGCACUUAAUUAAGGACCACCACAAGCUAUUUAGAUCUUUGUUUCCACAGAAAAGAUUGCUUCCAAAGCAUCAUUUUAUGCUACAUUAUCCACGAUGUAUUAGAAAAAUAGGUCCACUCCUUCAUGUAUGGUGCAUGAGAUUUGAGGCCAAACAUAAUUUUUUUAAAAGAUCAGUGAAAAAUUUCAAAAAUAUCACAAAAGCAUUGGUUAAGCAACACCAGAGACAGCUAGCUUACCACUGGGAGAAUUUUGAUUUUCAGAGAUUCGAGUGUGGUCCAGUGAAGACAAAAAUUAUUAAUAGCUUGGACGGAGGUGAGGUUUUAAGUUCUGCUUUUAAUGUAAGCACAUACUGUGAAGUGUCAACCACUAAUUGGGUGAAAAACUUUGGAACCGAAUAUCAGAUUGGUAUGUUUGUUUGUACUGGAACAAAAACAGAAAUUCCUAUUUUCAGAAAAGUCACCAACAUCAUUGUACAUGAUGAGCAAGCUUUCAUUUUGUCUUGCAGAGUGGACACUCUUUAUUUUGAUGAUCAUUUCAAUGCAUACUGUAUCAGUGAGAGAGCAGAUUCAUUUUCUGUGUUUCCAGUUAAGGACUUGGUUUAUUACAGACCCUAUGACAAGCAGUUUUCUAAUGAAAUGUGUGAAAAAACAUACAUUGUGCCACACUGCCAUAUUCUAUGAGUUCUGUUGUAGCUAUUGCAAAGCCAGUGUUUUAUGUGGUGUGCUUGUUUAAAAUACAGG